GUAGACCCAUAUCGGAGUACCGCUGCAAAAAUGGCUGCCGUCCAGAUUUCCAAGAAGAGAAAGUUCGUCGCCGACGGUGUGUUCUUUGCCGAGCUCAACGAUUUCCUCACCCGCGAGCUUGCCGAGGAUGGUUACUCCGGUGUCGAAGUCCGCGUCACCCCCGCCCGCACUGAAAUCAUCAUCAGCGCUACCCGCACCCAGAGCGUUCUCGGUGAGAAGGGCCGCCGCAUCCGCGAGCUGACCUCCGUCGUCCAGAAGCGCUUCAACUUCCCCGAGAACACCGUCGAGCUCUACGCCGAGAAGGUCGCCAACCGUGGUCUCUGCGCCAUUGCCCAGGCCGAGUCCAUGAAGUUCAAGCUUCUGCAGGGUCUUGCCGUCCGCCGCGCCUGCUACGGUGUCCUCCGCUUCAUCAUGGAGUCUGGCGCCAAGGGUUGCGAGGUUGUCGUCUCUGGCAAGCUCCGUGCUGCCCGUGCCAAGUCCAUGAAGUUCGUCGAUGGCUUCAUGAUCCACUCUGGCCAGCCCACCCGCGACUUUAUCGACUACGCUACCCGCCACGUCCUCCUCCGCCAGGGUGUUCUGGGUAUCAAGGUCAAGAUCAUGCGCGACUGGGAUCCCAGCGGCCGCACCGGCCCCAAGACCCCUCUCCCCGACACUGUCACCAUCCUUGAGCCCAAGGAGGAUGCCCCUGUCCCCGUUCCCGUUGCCGUCGCCAACGAGACUGCUUAAAGCCAUAAUACAUUUCUCACUCCUUUGAUAAGGAAGAGACGGACGAAA